AUGAGAAAGAUCCCAUUGAUUUUGAUUCCCAUCCUCUUACUAUCCCUAUUUCCACUAUCUGGCGAUGGGGCAAUUUUACAAGUUGGCUUUCUGGCUGCUGCUGACAACUCAUCAGAUCUUUCUCCCUUUAUUGGAUGGAGUAAUGUAGCUGGAGCGUUGGGAGUGGCGUGGAGCCGAAUCGUUGAGUACGGACUUCUACCCACUUAUGAGACUAUGAACUUGACUUGGGUUCUGACCAAUUGUCGGGAAGCAGAUGCAGUGGGAUCAGUGAUCAACUAUGCUGAGGGCCAUGCUCAUGUGGUACUAGGUCCACCAUGUACAAGACCCGCCCAAGUUGCAGGCUCUGUUGCCAAGUACCUAGACUUCCCUUUGAUUCUAUGGGGACCUCCAUUCGACUCCAGUCUUCUGAAUCAGUUUGAGUAUCCUACAAUUGCUUCUACCACGUCUAGUACACUAUACCAAGCAAAAUCUAUGAUGCGAAUGAUAAGCUACUUCAAAUGGAGUGAGAUCGCGCUGAUCUAUUAUGUUGCAAGAUCAGAUCUGAUUCCACGAUGUACGCCGUUGAUAUCGGACUUCGAGACGUUGGUGAAUAGCAAUGACAACCUGACAAUCACGUAUCGGAGACAGAUGAGUGUGAUCACGAAUACCAGCUAUGCAACUGUACUUAGGAACUUGAAAGAGUUAGCAAGAGUCGUCGUCGUUUGCUUGGAAUCCGAUGAAGCCCGCCGAAACCUUAUGAUUUCGAUUUCGGAAAACGGAAUGGAUACCGAUGAGUAUGUCUAUCUGAUGGUCGAGUCGAGAAGAGCCGGAUUUUGUAAGGAUUCUUCAUUUUUUGAUAAAAUUUUAAAUUCUUUUAGCAACAACAUUCUGGAAUGGGACCGAUGGGAAAAACGAUUUGGCAUUACGAGCAGCUCGAAAGUUUUUGGUUAUGGACAACCAAAAGUCCAGACAGCGUUCUCCAGGCCACCUUUCAAUUGUCCUAAUUGUACUAAUAUAAGUCCUACCAUAUCCCAAGUGGGACCAUUGGGAGAUGCCUUACUACUGUAUGCCUAUGCACUGAAUCGAUCAAUAGCUGCUGGAAUUCCAAAUCCUACGGGAACUCAAUUUUGCAACAUAGCAAAGGGAAUGGAAUUCUUAGGGUUUACUGGAAAAGUGAUAGUAAACCAGAACACGACUCGCACUCCAAUCUUCGUAGUCUACAAUUUGGACACCGCCGACAAGGAAUUCCCAGUGAUGCAGAUUGCGGAAGAUCUAGAUGACUCGUCGGACCCGGUAGAAUCAACCGUGAAUUAUUAUGUGAUUUGUGUCGACGUUCGCAGAAUUCUUGAAUUGGGCACCAUCACCCUGACAGCACCAGAGUCAAAAAUAUGGGGUACAUGGGGAGGUACAGCGCCGUUGAGCACCCCGCUUUGUGGAUUUACGGGGACAGACUGCCCAAAAUCAUUCACGGAUCAGUAUUUGGCUAUCAUUCUGGGAUGCACAGCAGCUGCAUUGGUUUUGAUUAUUGCAGUGAUUUCGACGAUCGUGUUUUUGGUUAGAUCUAAGCGUCUCGAGGAGGAACGUCUCAACCAGCUAUGGCAAGUUCACUUUGCCACUCUUGUCAAGCCUCCACAAAAGAACACAAUGCACAGUUCUCGAAGUCUUCAAAGUACAGUAACCACGAGUACAAAAGUCACAAUCAACUCGAAAAAGGAUACUGAACGUCACAGUUUCUACUUCCUGAACAACGACUCCGUGGUAGCAAGGAAGCACAAUUUCCGCGCGGUUUUCACUAAAAACGAUAGAGCAAUGUUUAGAAAAAUGCGAAAUGUAGAUCACGAUAAUCUUUGCAAGUUCAUCGGAUUGUCUCUCGACUCCCCCACCUUGAUCUCUGUCUGGCGUUACUGUUCCCGUGGAUCCCUCCAAGAUGUCAUUGCAAAAGGUUCCCUUCAGAUGGAUUGGUUCUUCAAGUACUCGUUGAUGCGUGACGUGGCAGAAGCCAUUUACUACUUACAUCACUCGCCGAUCGGACCACAUGGGUGGUUGAGCUCUUCCACUUGUUUGGUUGAUGAGAGAUGGCAGGUCAAAGUAACGUUCUUUGGGUUAUCAGCUAUCAAACAAUUCGAGGUCAAGGAGCAAAAAGAUUUCCUACACACCGCGCCAGAACACAUUCGAGACGUCCAUCUACCUAUUACCAAAGAAAUGGAUAUUUACUCAUUUGCUAUCAUCUGCUCAGAACUUAUCACCAAGAAAAGCGCAUGGGACUUGGAAAACGAAACUUUUGAUAUCGAGGAACUGGUGUAUAAGAUUAAGAAAGGAGGUCGUACACCGGUUCGACCAUCGCUGGAGACCGAAGACGAGCAUAAUGGAAGUAUGUCAUUGUUGGUGAGAGAUUGCUGGAAUGAGAAUCCGGAUCAGAGGCCGACCAGUGAACAAAUCAAGACACUAAUGAAGAGUAUGAAUCACAAUAGGUCUAGUAAUCUCAUGGACCAUGUCUUCAAUGUGCUAGAGCAGUAUGCUUCGAACUUGGAGGAUGAGGUUCAAUCCCGUAUGAAGGAGCUUACAGAGGAGAAAAAGCGAAGUGAUGUUCUCCUGUACAGAAUGCUUCCAAAACAAGUCGCUGAAAAACUAAAACUGGGUCAAUCUGUGGAACCGGAAACGUUCGAUUGUGUCACUAUAUUCUUCUCUGACGUCGUAUCCUUCACCACGUUGGCUUCCAGAUGUACCCCUCUACAAGUUGUCAAUCUCCUGAAUGAUUUGUACACAACCUUCGAUGCGAUUAUUGAGCAGCACGAUGUUUAUAAGGUGGAAACCAUUGGCGAUGGCUACCUCUGCGUAUCCGGUCUUCCCCACAGAAAUGGAAACGAGCACGCUAAAGAAAUCUCAUCCAUGUCAUUUGCCCUUCUGAAAGCCAUCAAAACAUUCCGAGUGCCCCAUCUACCAAAAGAACGAAUCAACAUCCGAGUUGGCUUGCAUACCGGACCCGUUGUCACCGGUGUCGUCGGAAUGACAAUGCCCAGAUAUUGUCUGUUCGGAGACUCGGUGAACACCGCGAGUCGAAUGGAGAGUAAUGGAAAGCCCGGAAGAGUUCACAUUAGUACCGAAUGUAAAAAUUUCCUAACUGACACUAUUGGAGGAUAUCAGACGGAACCAAGAGGAGAGGUUAUCGUUAAAGGAAAAGGAGCUGUCCAAACUUAUUGGCUGUUGACGGAUGAUGAAAUCGAAGCGAAGAAUGAUGGAGAAUCUGUUUGA